AGCCUUGAAAUGCGCCUGAUGCAAGUAGAGGCGCACUGAGGGGACACACAGGAAAAGUUCUCGACAACGAGAGGCAGGACGACGCGGACGGAGCCCCUGCAGUCUCGCCUCAUUUUUAAUGCCUCCUUUACACUUUCCCUUCCACCACGGUGUGUUUUUGCUCUCCGACACACUUCCUAUACAGUGAUCCUGCUUCUUUUUGUGCGUGUGUGUGUUUUUUUUUUUUUUUUUUAGUUUUUGUUUUUGUUGUUGUGACUUAAGCCAAACGCCAUGGAGCUGCUCUGCCUCGAAAUGGACACCAAUAUCAGGGCUCGUCCAGAUCCGAACCUCCUUUGUGAUGACCGGGUCCUCCAGAGCUUGUUGACCAUAGAGGAGAGGUUUCUACCUCAAUAUUCGUAUUUUAAAGGGGUGCAGAGAGACAUUCAGCCCUUUAUGAGGAGGAUGGUCGCCACUUGGAUGUUGGAGGUUUGUGAGGAGCAGAAGUGCGAAGAAGAAGUUUUUCCCCUGGCCAUGAACUACUUAGACAGAUUUCUAGCAGUCGUCCCCACCAAAAAGUGUAACCUGCAACUGCUGGGAGCGGUUUGCAUGUUUCUUGCAUCCAAAUUGAAAGAGACUCGUCCAUUAACUGCAGAGAAACUUUGCAUCUACACAGAUAACUCCAUCAGACCACAGGAACUGCUGGAAUGGGAACUGGUGGUGUUGGGGAAGUUGAAGUGGAACCUGGCAGCAGUGACGCCCAACGACUUUAUCGAGCACAUAGUGAGGAGGCUGCCGCUGCCUGAGGAUAAACUGACUCUUAUACGCAAACAUGUCCAGACGUUCAUCGCCCUUUGUGCCACAGAUUUCAGAUUCGCCAUGUACCCUCCAUCCAUGAUUGCCACAGGUAGCGUGGGGGCCGCAAUCUGCGGCUUACAGCUGGACUCAGUGAACCCGUCCCAAUGGGGGGACAGUCUAACAGACCUGCUGGCCAAAAUCACAAACACAGAAGUGGAUGUUCUCAAAGAGUGCCAGGAGCAGAUUGAGCGUGUGUUAGAGAGCAGUCUGCGCGAAGGCCGGAAGCAGCAGCAACAGCAGCAGCAGAGCCAGAGAGGCCCAAGCAGUAAAGGCCUGGACGAGCUGGAUCAGUCCUCCACCCCGACAGACGUCCGUGACAUCAACUUGUGAACCACAAGAGGGCCCCAUUGCGCAGGAUUUACAAUGACAAAAAAUAUGAAUCAUGAAAAAACUUUCUUAAAAGCAGAAAAAAAGAACAAAAAAAACAAAAUGCUAAAAACACAAGCCCUUUAAAAGAAAAAGAACAAUGUUUGCUAGUUUUUUGUAGAUUUUUCUGUUCAAGACAAAAAAAAAAAAACGCCUGCCCACAAAAUCUAGAUUUUUUUUUGUCUAAAAGCAACAGAUUCAGGGCACGAUGAUGCUCCGUUGUGCCUUGGAUACACAGAAGAGAAAGCAAUCAUAUUUGCAUUCUGCCUUUGAUUGUAUAGAAUGAUCAUUAAGUUAUAUUGUAACCAUAGCUGGUUGGCAGAAAGUUGCAUACGUGGGAUCAAAGUAUGUGCUUAGUUUUUGCUUUUCUUUUUUUUUUCCUCACUCUCUAUUGAUAUAUAUUCAUGUUAUCAUCUGAUCUGACCAUCAGUGAGAUGUGGCGAGAAAGCCUUGAGAAAAGUAUACGUAACGUUGGUGGGUCCCAAAUCCAGGGGUGAGACAGGAUCAUUUGAAUCAUCAUUAUUAGCCGUAGUAAUUAUUAUUAGUCGUAAUAAUAUUAUUUGACAUAUUUCGAGUAGUCAAGAUCAAUAAGCUCCUUUGUCAGGCUGCUUGUAUGUGUGUGCAUGUGUGUGUGCAGUCUGAAUGGGAUCCUGUAUCUAAAUUAGCAGUAAACAUUCUAAGGCGCGAGGCACUUACAAUGUUCGAAGACUAUGGAGCAGGCCGAGGUUACAUACGUACUUUGUCUAUCAGUAUAACGGGGCAUCUAUGCUAUGUCACUGCCUUCAUUCAUUGGCAGUGUAUCUAGGUCUCUUGUUGGCCAGCAAUAAACCGCUGCAUGGACGAUGAAUGAGACGGAGUGUGUGCGAGCGAAGGAACCUUCACUUCACUCAGAGCACGUGUCUAAAGUCUUGGAGAACCUCAGCCUCACAGGUCAUGCGAGGCGGUUGUUUUAUUACUGCCAUUCUGUUAAUGAUUUGCGCGUGCUUAGUCAAAGAAGGGGUUUGGAGUGCCCAACUCUCCAACACGAGCACAGUUAAGAGCACAGUUGAGCGGCGGAGAGGACAAUGCCUCAAAGACAGGAGGACGGGAGACUCCUGUGAGAAGGGAGGCGACAGGGUGCUGGAAGAAUGGUAAAAAAAGACAGUUGGGCUGGAUGAAUCGAAGGAGUGUGGGAAGGCGGGAGGGAGCGAAUUGCUGACGUACAGCCAAUGGCUGAAUGAUGAGUACAACACCCAAUAGAGGUCGGAGAACAGAGUGACUGGGUCGACUUAAAAUUCUCUUUAUGGAGAUUUACUAUACAUAGAUAAUUGAGUUGGAAUGAAAAAUGCACCAGGUUCAAUUUAGAUGGAUGCUAAAUGAGGAACUAAAACUGCCAGAUCAUAUGAGGAUGAGUUUCCCUUUUUGUUGCUUGGAGGAGUACAAACUAUUGUCAAUGCAUCUGGAGUCCCUUGUAUGGUUGUGUUCGGCUCCCUAUAUGAUUUCAAUGGCAAAGCACUUUGAGAACAUACUCCCCAGGAGGAACAUCAAAAUGAAUUGGUGGUGAUUUGGGGGUGGGUGGGUGUUUGUUUUUAAUUUUACUUUUUAUUUUUAGCCUUUGGUUUACUUUGUAGGGCUGGUUUCCCAAUCACCCCCCCUAUGUCAAGCAAGAGUCACAUAAAACUGGACAUUCCAAUCAAAGCGAACAUUCCUAUUCAAGCAAAGACCAACUUGAUCCAAGGAGCCUGUCCAUUUCCAAGGAUUGGAACAAAAAACAAAAGGCCAAGACACACAGUUCCCUCAUCUGUGGCUUUCCUUUACACUGUCAAGAUUAUUUUUUUUUUGUACUUGAAUAUUUCUUUCUAUUUAUCUGCAUCACAGCCACAGUCAUGUCUCACAGGGCGGCGCUCGGGUGAUCGUAACAUCCAAUAUUUGCACAUGUUCUUCAGAGGCCAAUGACUUUUGUUUUAGUUUCCAAACCACCACAAUGAUGUGUGUUUUAAUGGCUGUUCACUUUUUAUGGUGCUGGCUUGAAAUUGCAGAAAUGUUCGACAACAUUGUGUCAGGCUGUGCUGCGUGUCAUUCAGUCCUCUUUGAGCUUUGCUGCUUCGAAUAAUCGACGAGGGGGUUCAUCGGGCAGAGAGACACAACCGUGUUCUUCUUUUUGGACUUUCACGUGUGCUUGAGUUUAGUUUUUGUUUUUUUUCAUGAACGACAUUGUUGGUUGUCAGACUGAAGAUAAUGCGGGGAUUUUUUGUUUGUUUGUUUUCUUUUAAUUUUGGCUACUUGAUUUGCCAAAACAUUGAGUUUUCGAUAAUUGCCCUCCUUCAUUUUGCCUCUGCCGGAUGUAAGCUCUCACCCAAACUUAAUGUCUUUCCUGCAAUGUCUUGUUGCGUGUGUUAUAUAUUGAGACCACACUUUCAAUUUGUGUUUGAUAUAUUUUAUGGGGUGACCAGACUCACAAAAGGGUUUUUUCUAAGAUUUAGAGAUACUGUAUUCCAAAGUGAAGAGAGGACAGAGGAGGUGUGAAGACAUCAAGAAAAAAAGUCAAUAUUUUGUUAUUGUUGUCUUUUUGCGCUGCUAAAAGCUAUGAAUUUGUUUCAUUUAUACAAAAUAACAUUACAGAGUUGUGAUGUGUCACUUGAGUGUGCUGCUAUUUUAUAAACAUUUGUAUUAUAAUAUAAUUAUUUUACUGCUUAAGAGAUAAAUUCAGAAAAACGAAGUAGAAGGUGAUAGAAGAACAUGAAAUGAGUAUUCGACUGGAAAUGUUCUUUGUACAGUUUGACAUUUUGCUUAGAUAGCAUGUCUCCUUUACCCCCUUUUUGAAUCUAUUUUGCUUGUUUUCUUCAGUCACAUUCUGCAUCGGUUGGUAUAUAUCCUAUACCUCAGGAUUACCGGCUACAUUCAAAAGGAAAAAAAAAGCAUACAAAUAAACCAAUCCAUCAUCAGUACCUCUGCACUUAGGGAACCUGGAAUAGAAUAGUAAGCAACUAAUUAGCAUUUUGUGGAUGCACCGCUGUUUGGCAUUCACAUGGACAUACUGGAGAGGGGGGGGGUCGGAACAUUUCUGGGGGUGUUCUAGCAUAUUUUGCUCAUGUUGGUGCUACAUCUGACAUGUUGUGGGUGACAGAGGCUACAACAGCAUUCCUAUGAUGGCCAAAGUACACUUGUUGCUUUAUUCAGUCAUAAUCGCCCUGAAUGUCCGAUUCCCAAUGUGGGAAUGACGUAUUUUGGUCUGAGAUCAUGUGCGUGUGUAUGUGUGAGUGAGUGAGGGAAUUACACCUGUCAUUUUGACCCAUAAAUAUUGUGAUAUCUGGAAGUUUGAAUGGAGCACAUUUCCCUUUGACUCGCCUCCCCUCCCCACUAGAACCCAUAUCAUGUACCUCAAAUGUCUGUUGCACAACUUCUGUUCAAUAAACUUCUGCUUUAAAGGGUGUGACACCACAUCA